AUGAGUCUGGCGACAGCAGUUUCUGCGGGCUCGGAUUUCGUCAGUCUGGCAGAGGGCCACUCUCGGCCCGUCCUUGCGUGUAGAUUCGCGAACCAGGGCUCCUGCGUCGUGUCAGGCGGUCUGGACGCGCAUCUGUGCAUCUGGGACCUCGAAGCCCGGUGCAGCUGGCAAGUCGACGAGCCGCAUGCCAAGGGUGCCGCUGUGACGUCCCUGGACGUCGUUGACAACGCGCGUAUCGUCACGGGCUCUGCGGACCGAACUCUGGGCGUUUUCGACCUCGAAACCGGUGUCAAACAGCGCAGGCUCGUGGGCCACAAGCGCGUCGUGAACCAGGUGCGACAUUUGCCCCUCACGCAACGAAUUGCGUCCGUGGGCGACGACGGCCAGCUGUGUCUGUGGGAUGCGAACUCCAAACGCGCUAUUUGGAGCGUUACACAAGAGUUCCCGCUGUUCACUGUCGCUGCUGCCGCUGCCUCCGACCACCUGGUCUACGUUUCUGGCCUGGACCCCGUCAUUCGAUGCUACGAUAUCCGCAAUUCCACGUCCACCGAGCUUUUCAGCUGGAACUCGGCCCAUUCAGACUCGGUUUGUUCGCUGGACCUUACGUCCAACGACAAGCUGUGUUCUGUCGGAUUCGACGGCACCUUGCGAAUUCACGACGCCAAUGUCGCCUCUGCAAAACUGUCCCGCGUCCUGAGCUCUUUCCAACUCACCGGCACCGGUAACGCAGACCAGUACUUGGUUCGCAGUAAAUGGGCCCACCACGAUAGAUACGCCGUGACCCAGGGUUACAUUUGCGACGUUACGUCUGGAUCUGCUGUCAACAGCUUCUCCGACAGAUUGCCAACCAGCAGUCAAGUCAUCGACGUUGACUACGACGUCGAGUCCAACCGCAUUGCGAUGAGUCUGACUGACGGGAGCCUGUGUGUAUUUACAAUGUAA